GCAGGUUAUUCAUCAGCCGAGUCCGCGAGCGAUACCGAAGCCAAGGACCAAUCAGAAGAUAGUGAUGCCGACGCCAGCAAGUCCGAGAGCCAAUCAGAUGGCGACAAAGCCGCCGCCGACACCCCGAGCCGCACCAAUGAGGUGGCGUACCUAGUCACCAGAACAAAGUCAGUGGAAACCCCGCUGAAGUUCCAGAGAGUGUAUGAGUUCAUUAAGCGUGUGGAGAAGGAGAUGAAGAAGUCAGACGGACAGGUCAGGAGCAGCAUGCGCGUUAAGGAACUGCCUGCGUUGCUGAUGGGCAACCUGUCUCAUCUGAUGCCCUUUGCCAUGGUACAAGCACGCCGAGAUGAGCGCAAACGCGCACAACGCCGCAGCGAACAUGAACAUGGCGAUGACAUAGACCACUACAGCAACACAGACCCUCCAUACAUCGAAGGCCUCGACAGUCUGGUGCAGAGUAUCUAUACUCUCGCAAGAGGAUCCCCUCCUGAACCAG